CUGACGGAUGAAAAAAGUCCUUGUAUACAAUCAUAAUGGAUGAUGGAAACAAAGCAUGUUGCUCAUUAGUUGCAAAAUCAUCCAGUACUACGUCAUGGGCGUUCAUCUUUAGCUGUUGGACCCUUCUUGGUCUCAACCUUGCUAAAUCUUUUAGUCUCAAGGUGAUCGAGCCCACAUAUAAACCCAGUUACAGUAAAUCCAUUCUUCUGCCUGGUGUACUCUCUCUCCUUUAUCAAAACAGUUCGGCAAUGUUUUUGAACCCCUUGUUACUUCUGUAUAUUCACAUCAUGGAUCUUGACUAGAAUUCCCAACCCUGACGCUUUAUUUACAAUAACAAAGACAAUGAAUCCAGCUCUCCUCGGUUUUUGACGAUGGUUUCCUUGGUUUCAAGGAACAGACCGUACUGGGAUUUCCUCGUGAUAUCCGCCACCA